ACUAUCUUUUUUGAUAGUUGGUAUUUAAGGAAGAGUUCAAAAUGUUUUUACAAAGUUUGAUAUGUUUGUUUAUUACAGUUGAAGGAUCUCGAUAUAUAGUCCAUCCAGAUGGAUCAAAAGAGUUCGAUGGCAUUGGAAUAGGUAUAGUUUCAAGACCAACAUUGUGUGAAAAAACAACACAAAAUGGCGACCUCCUAAAAGUGCAUUUUAAUGGAAGUCUUGGAGAUAAAACAGUGUUUGAUGAUCGGUAUAUGAAGGAAACACUCGAGUUUGUACUUGGUGAAGGGCAGAUGAUUGAUGGUUUCGAAUUCGGACUACUAGACAUGUGUAAAGGAGAGAUUCGUCACCUUUCAGUACCUCCUAAACACGCAUACGGAAGUAACGGUGUAGGAAGUCUGCCUUCUAGAGUAAAUUUGUACUUUUUUGUGGAGCUUUUGUCAUUCCAUUCUGUUGCAAACGCUCCUCGCCGAGAUAAUACAUUUGCAAUAAUCGAUAAAGAUACCAACGGUUAUUUAUCAGCGGAUGAAAUUCAAUUGCAUCUUAAAGGAACCGGCGUAAAAGAAACUACCGGUUCAAAUGGGCUUCGACAAAUGAUGCGAGAAAUUCUUGAAGAAGAAGAUAGAGAUAAAAAUGGUUACAUCGGACAUAAUGAAUUUAGUGGAACUAAAUUUUAUACAGAACUGUAGAUUUUUAAAAUAAAAAUAAAAAAAAAUUAGGCUUUUA